CCGCCGCGCCGCUCCGUCACGGCGCCCCUCGCUGCGACCCGCGCCCGGGCCGGCACCGCCGCUGGCGAGCCUUCUGCGGCCGCCGCUGCCUUGUCCCAGGGUUGGGGUGCGAGGCAGUCGCCGCCGCACAGGAACGGCUCCCCUGCGGCCUCAGCCGCGCUGUUUCUGCCGCCAGCGCCAAGCCCGCGCGGCCCGGCCCCCUCGGGAUGCCCGCGGUGCGGGCUCUGCUCCCGGCGCCCUCCCCCGGUGGGGGGAGAGAGGCGGAGCUGGCGUGGCCGCCGCCCGCCGCCUUUAUCUGGCGUGGCGGCGCGGGGGGUGGCACUGGGGAACACCUUGUUGUAAGAUACGCGCUAUAAAUACGGCGCCGGGGAUGGGAGUGCGGCCACGGGCGGCGGGGAACAGCUUGGAACUACGGUGGGUGCCUUCCCCGCGGCACGGCGACGGCCGGGGACCGCUUGAGUUUUAAUUACCGACGCGGUGCGGGGUUAUCCGCAUCAUCCUCUCGGCCACCCCUCACAGCCGGUUCCCGGGAGGAGUUGCGGGGGGAGUUGUGCGUUUUGGCUGGUUUAGUACGGAGGGGAGCGGCGGCAGCGAGCCCCGGCGGCUGCAGCAGGGCAGGCGGAGGAGCGGAGGGACUCUGAUCGCGAGCAGCCGCCGAGCCCAGCCCGCCACGGAGGGCGGCCGGUGCCGCUAGCGCGGAGGAGGAGGAGGAGGUCGCCACCGGAGGAGCCCCGCGGUCCGGUCCGAGCCGCGUCGCUGAGCACGCCUGCCCGGCCGCCAGCAUGAUGCAGAUCUGCGACUCGUACAGCCAGAAGUACUCCCUCUUCAACGCCAUGAACCGCUUCAUCGGCGCCGUCAACAACAUGGACCAGACGGUGAUGGUGCCGAGCCUGCUGCGCGACGUGCCGCUGCUGCUGGAGGAGCUGGACGCGGCGGGCGCCGUGUGCCCGCCCCGGGAUGCUGCCCUGCCGCCCGGCGACCCCGGCGCCUACUUCUCCCGCAGGGACAUGUACAGCCACUACAUGCUGCUCAAGUCCAUCCGCAACGACAUCGAGUGGGGCGUGGUGCAGCCGCCGGCGGGCGAGGAGGCCGCCCGCAAGAAGGACAAGCUGGGCGGCGGGCCCGCCGAGGAGGGCGAGGGGGAGGAGGACCUGGAGCAGCAGUUCCAUUACCACCUCAGCGGACUCCACUCGGUCCUCUCCAAGCUCACCCGCAAGGCCAACGUCCUCACCAACAGAUACAAGCAGGAGAUCGGCGUCAGCAGCUGGGGGCAGUGAGCGCCGGGGGGAGCGGGGGAAGGGGCUCCGAGCCGGCGGGAGCGGCGCGUCCCCGCCCGGCGCCGCCGCUGCUGCGGUGGCCGGGGGCAGCGCCCCGGGCCCGGGCUUCCCUGCGCGCUCCCAAGACUGCAGCAGGUUUUCUACCAACGCACAAGAGAGAGAAAGAAAUGUAAAUUAAUCAAUACUAGUUUAUUAAUUAUUUUGACCCCCCCUCCGUGUUUUUUUCGUUAUACGGUCCGGGGCGAGCAGUCGCUGUGGCCGCCCCGGCAGGGAGGCUGAACCCGUGUGCGUACGAGGUGGUGGCAUUGCUGGCUCAUAAGGAGGCUCCACUCAAGCCGAUGAACGUAACGAAACUGGCACAAAAUUGCUUCUGUCACCUCGGAGGGAACCCAGAGAGUUAAGGAACAUCCCUCUGUUGUGGGAGAGAUGGCGGGUCCCAUGGUUGUACAUGUACUGGAGUUUAUUUAAAACUUUUUUACUCAGAUGUAGAGUAUAUUCUAAAAUAAAUGCAAAUGUAUUAACUAAGAGUGACCUAAACUUUUGGUAUGAUUUAUCUUUCUUUAAUUAAAUGAUAUUUUUAACAUCU